AUUCAAACCGAUGUUUUCAUACACCGUCUCCUAGGCGACCCAACUUGUAAUACCAAACAAUCAUCCAGGUGUGCAAAAUGAGUGACUUUAACAAAAAAUUUAUAAUAAAAGCCUCAGAGUAUCACUUGGGUACUUCAUUGUCUGAAGAAACUUGGGAUAAAGACAUAAUUGGGAUCACUGAUGUGGAAAACUUCCUACACACCGAAGACAAAUUAACACUUUACGCCUUCGUUGAGGAAAAAAAUGACCGAAAAAGUAUCAAAUUUGUCGAGCAAAUCACAAGCAACGAUACCAAAAUUGUCGUCUUCACUAAAAUCACACCGACUGUUUUAACUGAAGAAAACAUUUUUUCUUGUCUGCAAAUCACUUCAGUCAAAGGACCACCAACUUUAGCUCUAUACCACACUCUAACUAAAGUGUUUACGCCACUCUUAACACAGGGAACUCCCCCAGAAAUUCAACGUCACGUUGCAAAUUUACAGGCAGAUUUAAGAUCGUCAAUUUUAUCAACAACGAAUGAUGCUGAUUUGACAGGUUCAGAUCCAGUUUCACUAUAUGUCGUCGAAUCAGUCGAGAAUGAAGUGGAAUAUUGGGAUAAUGUUUCCCGUUCAGCGAAAAAUAGGCUUACCCGUAGUAAUGCUGGGUCUUUUUCUGAAAUCCUGAAACGAAUUUCUAAGGAAUUCAGCAUCCUUGAUGCAUUGCCUUUGAACGAAGUUGAAGAAAUCUUGGAAAACGCACAUGGCAUUUUAGACGACUUAUGGCGCCACGAGCCAGCCCCAUAUCCUGCAGAAAGAAUUAUUCACCUCAUGGAUAUAAUAGCCGGGGACAUAAAACGUUGCGUGUCGAAACAGUUAUCCGAGUGUGACGUUUGGGGUGAUAAUUAUAAAACAGUAGCGGAAGUUUUGCUACAAUGUAUUUCAAUAGGGGAACGUUGGCUCGAAAGCUGUAAACAAUUGACUGAAAUAUACUGGCCGAAUUAUCCUUCGAAUAUGUGGAAAGAUGAAAUGUAUCAACCCUCAGAUUUAAUCAAACUCGUUGAGCGCCUACAAAAAAUUUUGAGCGUUCAAACUCUUUUAAGGCAACUGACACGAUUAUUAAAUUCACAAGAACAAGAAGAAUUGAAAACUAACGAAAUGUUCAAGCCAUUCAAAAACCUUAGUAUCCUCGAGUUUGGUCAGUACUCUUCAAAUUUAUGGCUAAAAGCUUGCGAACAAUUCGAACGCUUACUCCAGCCAGCUGAAGAAAGAGUUGCAGCCAAACUAAAAAAACACUUGGUAGACAGUGACAAUCCUCGACAACUUCUUCACGAAUUCACAAGAUACUCGGAGUUGAUUGGAAGACCGAUUUUAAAACAAACUCUUCUCUCUGAACGCCAACACUUACUAAACUCACUCUACGACUACGUUAGACAUCUCCAAUCACAAAAUACUUCUGAAAAUAACUUAAAUAUUAAAUAUGACACUCCACAAGUCGUGGCUGAAGUAAUUAUGACCAAACAAUUGGAAGCGAAAGCUAAUGAAGUGUUACAAACUUCGGAAAAAUUAUUACAAGAUUUAAAUGGUUACGAAAAUUUGAAACAGAUAGUGAGCGAAUUACUCAAAGAUCUGAGACAGCAGCAUACCGAACUGUUUGAAUCCUGGACACGAGAAAUCAGUUCUUUGAUCAAAAAAGGUAUUUUAGAUUUGAAAGAGUCGGAACCUGUUGUCCAAUUUUCGCAAGAGAGCAAACUUAUGAAAGUUAAUUAUUCGGAUCGUUUGGUUACUCUUAUUUCGGAAGUUAGACAAUUUAAAGCUUUGGGUUAUCAGAUUCCAAACCAUAUCGAUGAAACUAGUGAACAAGCAAAGAAAUUUAUGAAGUUGGCGCGUACUCUAGAACAGAUCGCAAAUUUUCAUAAUACAAUCGGAAGUAGAAUGAUUAUUUGUCAACGCCCUAUGAUGCUAUCCAGUGCUUUAGAAUUGUCUCGUUUGGUACAAGAGGAAGAAGUAGUUUCGUGGAAAAAUACAAAAUCGGUGGAAAAAUAUGUUGAGACACUCAAGAAUGCCGUAGAAAAAUUAUCAAAAGAGAAUAAUCUUUUAGCAUCUUAUUAUUACCAAAUUAUGGAUAAAACUAAAUAUUUGGAGGAUGUUGAUUUAAUCAAAGAUUACAGUAAAUGGAAGGAGGCAAUAAGGAACAUGCGAAAUAUCAUGUUACAAGUUGAAGAGAAAGGUUUCAAAAACAUGCAGACUUGGAAAGCGGAUGUUGAUUCAAAUCUCUGUCAGGUCCUAGAAAAACAAUAUCUUAAGAGUUUGGACACGCUUCAUCUCUAUUUGCCUGAAAUUUACACCGACAUCGUAUAUAGAAAAUCGGAAUUACAGUUUUCGCCCGAUAAAACAGUCUUGAUGGAAAAAUAUCAGCAACAAUUGAAACGAUUUUUGGACAUUCCUAAGUCAUUUAAAGGCGUUUCUGAUUUACCUGACGUGACAAUUUUUUCCGAAAUUAUCGAUCAGAAUCAAAAUCAAGUAGAAAAAGUCAAUAAACACACUUUGGAACUUUUUGAACAACUUGACAAUGUUUUAAAGCAUUGGCAAUCGUGGCUUCAGUUGGACUCUCUUGAUGUUCAAAAAUUAAGCACUUGGCAACAUUGGGAUUUACAUUUUAGGGCAUCUAAAACGUUUGGGCAGGAAAUCGCAAAAUUGCCGAGUACCGAGGAACGAAUUGGAUGUUUUUUGAUCGGACUUUCAAGAUUGCGUUCCGAUUUAGAGUCUCAUAAUCGAAGUUAUUGGGAUCAAUUAGUCUUCUCUCUUAAAGAUUCAAUAGCACAAGAUGUUGUCAAGUUACAAAAUUACGUUGACCCCUCUACUGCAGUUUUGACAAGACAACCAGUCACUGUUGAGGAAAUUGGAGAGUCGGGAGCUGCACAUGCUAACAUUUUGAAACAAGCAGCAGAAAUGGAAGAGUGUUACAAUCAAAUGAUUCAAAAAUCGCAAACUUUAUCCAGUUGGACGAGAGAACAAGUCGAUGCAGUGAAUCGGCUUAAAGGUGCGUGGGAAAGGCUUCAAAGCCUCUUAGAAAACCAUCAACACAUCAUUGCCAAACAAAUGGAAACUAUUAAAACAACCCUAAAUAUUGAAAGCGAAAAUUUGGAAAAAGAAAUGGAAAGGUUUGCAGCAAAAUGGGAACAGGUUAAGCCUAAACCACAUACUGGGCAAAUUUCCGACCAGACUUUAGACGAAUUGUACAAACAGUUGAUGAGUAUCAAAGAAAAAAAAGUACAAUGGCAGGACUUGACGGAAAAGAAAGAAAAAUUGUUCAGUGAUUAUGAAAAAUUUAAUAUUGAGAAGCCACAAUUAGAGCUAAUGAAAGAAAUCGAAGCCGAUUUAAAGAAAGAGGAAGAUUCGUGGACACUGUUUGAGGAGUUUUACAACGAGCUUGAAACAAUGACUAGUGAGGAUUGGAUAGUGUUCAGGAAAAAGUUGUACCGUUUUGAAGACUUCCUAUAUAACUGGCAAACAAAAUUAAAAAAUACUAGUAAUGGAAAUGCUCUACAAGUAAAAAUUUUGCACGAAAUACAGAAAUUUGAAGGUAUUGCGGGGUCUCUGAAGUAUGUAAGAGGAGAAGAUUUUACAGAGAAACAUUGGAUGGAUGUAUUUAAUCUACUCGAAAUGCCUCUGAAACCUUUAGACAAUUUAAAAUUCAAAAACUUUCUUGAUGUGUCAGACAAGUUGACUGCGUUAGUUAAAGAAUUACAAGUGAUUUGUAAAAAAGCAGCAAGUGAGAUAGUUGUACGCCAAGCUUUAGCUGAGCUUGACCAAUGGGAUGUUCAAGCCAGAUUUAUCCUAACAUCCCAUACAGAUUCCCGGAAUAAAAACAUCAUGUUGGUCAAAGACUUCAAAGAGAUUUUGAGCAAGAUCGGGGACAAUCAGAGUUUGUUACAAUCGGUAAAAAAUUCUGCGGAUUAUGACAGUUACUCAGAAAGGGCAAGUCUUUGGGAAAAUAAAUUAGCAAUGUUAGAUCAGAAUCUCUCACUCUUGGCACAAAUCCAGCGAAAAUGGGUUUAUCUGGAACCGAUUUUCGGCGGCGGUACCUUAAUUCAAGAAAAAACCCGAUUUGACAAAAUCGAUAAAGAUUUCCAUCACGUAUUAGUGUUUAUUGAAAGAGACCCUCGAGUGUCUUCUUUGUGCAGAUACCAAAAUUUGAGUGUAACAUUAAAAAAUCUCGAGGAUCAGUUAAAUCGGUGUCAAAAAAGUUUGGACAGUUUCCUUUUGGAAAAACGAAAUAAAUUCCCUCGUUUCCUUUUCCUCGGCGACGACGAUUUGUUAGAGGUGGUAGGUCAAUCGUCGAAAGAACAGGUCAUUCAAACCCAUCUCAAAAAAUUAUUUGCUGGCAUAAAUAGUAUUCAAUUGGAUAGUGAGAGUAAAAAAAUUACUGCAAUGUGUUCGCUACAGGGCGAAAUUGUCCCUUUAUUAAACCCUGUCAGUAUAAAUAGACCAGUUGAAGACUGGUUGAACUCUCUGGUAAAAGAGAUGCAAUCGACUUUGAAAGAACUUUUGGUUGAGUGUCUCGCCGAAGGCCAAAAUGCUGAUCCUCUAAAAUACCCUUCACAAGUCUUAUGUCUCGCAGACAACAUCACUUUUACACUAAAAACUGAACAAGCAAUAGCUAACAUGACCUUACCACCCGUACUUGCUUAUUACAAAGCACAACUGACUCACUUUAGUUCACUUGAAUUGACAGCAAGUGAAGAAACAGCUUUUGCGUCAUUAUCUGCUGAUAAAAACAACGAAAGUAAUAUUCUUGAAUUAAAAUUGAAAGCUUUACUUUUGGAUACGAUUCACCACAUUGACGUUCUUGGAGAACUUCUAGAUGUAAAUGCUACCAAAACAACAGACUGGGUUUGGCAAAAACAACUGAGAUUCUACUCAAACUCUUUGGGUGAAAUAACCGUUAAAAUGGCAAACGCUCGCAUGGACUAUGCCUACGAGUAUUUAGGAAAUAUGCCAAAAUUGGUACGAACGCCUCUAACAGAUCGAUGUUUCCUGACUCUAACUCAAGGAAUGCACUUGGGAAUGGGUGGCAAUCCUUAUGGUCCCGCGGGAACUGGGAAAACCGAGUCCGUCAAAGCGCUAGGAGGGCUCCUCGGACGACAAGUCCUAGUUUUUAACUGUGAUGAAGGCAUAGACGCGUCUUCAAUGGGUCGCAUUUUGUCAGGACUUGUCAGGAGUGGGGCUUGGGGGUGUUUUGAUGAGUUCAACCGCCUUGAUGAGGCUACUCUAUCAGCGGUUUCGAUGCAAAUACAGCCUAUCCAAACCGCGCUCAGAACGCACCAAGAAAAAUUAGUCUUGCUGGACCAGGAAAUAACAGUUGAUAAACAUUGUGGGAUUUUCGUCACGCUUAAUCCCGCAGGUGGGAGUUACGGAGGCCGGAACAAACUUCCGGACAAUCUGAAACAACUGUUCCGACCCGUUGUGAUGACACAUCCGGAUCAUGAACAAAUUGCAAGGACUUUACUCCACUGCGACGGAUAUCAAAAUGCUGAUAUUAUCGGCCAGAAGUUGAUUGCGAUUUUUGAUGCGUCAAGCAAAUUGUUGAGUAAACAACAACACUACGAUUGGGGGCUAAGAGCAAUCAGGACAAUUCUGACAAGCUGCGGAAGGGCUUUGAAACAAUACAGAAAGAAAACUGAAGAAGCGGAAGGAAAUCAAUUACUUACGGAACUCACUCUUGUUGUUAAAGUUUUGCGAAUGGAUACGUUGUCCAAACUGACUUUUGCAGAUAGUGUUAAGUUUGAUGCUUUAAUUAAGGAUAUUUUUAAAGAUGUUCUGAUCGAAAAUAUGGGGAAUGAAGUUUUGGUCAAAGCUUUAGAGGAGAGUUGUCGGGAGUUGAAACUAGCAGUCAAUCAACGACAAAUCGAAAAGUGUUUGGAAUUGUACGAACAACUGAAACAACGGAUGGGAGUUGCUAUAGUUGGACCUCCGAGUUCGGGAAAAAGCACAAUUCGGAGACUCUUGUUCAAUGCUUUAAAUAAGAUGGACAAGGUUUUGAAACAGCAUGUCUUUAAUCCCAAAAGUAUGCACAAAACCAAAUUACUCGGCCAAAUUGAUUUGGAUACGAGACAAUGGUAUGAUGGUGUUUUAACCUUGUACAGCCUUCAAGUAACAGCGGAAUCUUCUGACGUGUGGUCUUGGAUUGUCUGUGAUGGGAACAUCGAUCCAGAAUGGGUGGAAUCCCUCAAUUCGGUCCUCGACGACAAUCGCCUCUUAUCACUACCAUCAGGCUGGCGCGUCCAAUUUGGACCAAACGUUAAUUUCAUUUUUGAAACACAUGACUUGAGUCAUGCUUCACCUGCGACUAUUUCUCGAAUGGGAAUCGUCUUAUUAAGCGAACAAGAUUUAGAUUUAAACUGUUACAUUGACAAUUACGUAAAGGCACAACCGGAAGAGUUUGAACGCCUCUUAGGCUCAUACAUUAAUGACUAUUUUCUUAAAAGUGUUAAUUGGAUUUGUAAUGAAGCUGAAAUCACAAUUCCAACUUCUAAAAUUGCAGUUGCUAGAACUGGCUUAAGUCAGUUGUUUGGUGUUAAAGGCAAGACGGAAUUUUCAGUUGCUUUAGUCAACGGAUUGGGACAACAACUUCAGGAUGACUUCAGAGAGCUUUUUGCACAACAGGUUUACGAAUGGUUGGGAGAAGUCCCACCACCGAUUAUUUUAAAAUCUCGCUACAAUCAAGAACGGGAUAUUAUUGACACUUACUAUACAAAUCCAAAUGUAACUUUGGAUGUUGUGAGUAGACAAAUUCCGUUAAUACCAACCGGGGAUGUGACCAAAAGUUUGGAUUAUUUGCGAACUUGGCUUAUUCCAGGAAAUGAACAACACUUUUUAUUAAUAGGACCUCACGGCUCUGCCAAAUCGUUGAUUUUGGAAAAUUUGGUUAAGGAAAGAUCAGACAUGGAAAUGGCAACAAUUCACUGCAGUGCCAAUUUAGUGCCGAGCUACGUUAUCAACAAAAUUGCCCAACUUUGCAUUGUGGUCAAUACAAAUAAAGGCAAAGUUUACAAACCAAAAAAAGGCAAUUUGGUCCUUUAUUUCAAAAAUCUACAUUUAUUGAAACCAGAUAAAUGGGGGACAAACAUCGUCAUUGAAUUUCUAAAUCAGAUGAUUACUUACAGAGCUUUCUUUGAUUCCAAUUUAGAGCUAGUAGGAUAUGAAGGGAUCACAAUUGUGGGCUCUUUAUCCAUUACGACCACUCUAUCGACCAGAUUUACGUCCAUUGUACAUAAUUACAAUGUCAGUCUACCAGACCCAGAAGAUUUGGCAAUUAUUUUAGUGGCAUAUUUAACAGUUGUGGUUAAGGAAAGUUUAGGAUCUUGGCCUAAAGCUAAGAUCGUUAAGUUAGCAGCCACAAUGGUCAUAAUUUACGACAAAAUUCGUUCAAUUUUUUUAAUUACAAAUUACAAACAUUACGAUUUUAGCCCUCACGAUCUCACUAAUUGGUGUUCCUCGAUUUUACGCUAUAAAGAUACUCUUUCUGAAUCAGAAAAUUCCCUUUUAGAAAUCCUAUAUUACGAAGCUCUUAAACAAUUUGGGGAUAAAUUAGUACGUGACGAAGACUGUUUUAAACUCGAACAUAUUCUUAAUGAAGUUUUCAAAACUCAGUGGAGUUCAUCAAAUUUGAGAAACGUUCAGAAUUAUUUCUACGUUCCAGCUCCUCAAUAUUCAUCUAAUUCUGAAAAUUUCUACCUUCAGAAAUUAAAUCAGGAAGAGUGGAGUGCAACCGUAAAAAAAGGCAUAAUCCAAUACGGUCGCGAAGGACAAGAUCUUGACGUCCUAGUAAACAACGAAUUGCUUCAUUUGAGUGCUAGUAUUUCGAAAAUUUUAAGUGCCCCAGAAGGACAUACUGUUUUAGUUGGAAGAGCUGGAAUUGGACGAAAAUCAGCAGUAAAAAUAAUUUCCUCUCUACAGUCCGCUCAUUUGAUAAUUCCGAUAAGUGGGACACAACCACAAUUUAAUAAUGAUUUAAAAUCUGCAAUACAAUCAGCUGGAUUUGAAGGGGAACAGGUUUACUUGUUGCUUGAAGAUCACAUUUUUAAUCAGAAACAUAUUUUGAGUUUAGUUAAUAUUUUAAUAUCGGCUGGGGAGGUGGUUAAUUUAUAUAAUGCUGCUGAAAUUGAGUCAAUGAUUUCUGGAUUAAAAGAUGAGGCAAGUCGAGAAAAUUUUGAAGGGAAUUUGAUGGAAUUUUUUACUGAACGUGUGAAAAAACGAUUACACGUGAUUGCGUGCAUCGAUGUUGAUAAUGACAAUAUCUAUGAUAUUUUUGAAAACUGUCCUGCAUUUCUUUAUAAGAGUAUGAUAAUUUGGAAAACGGAAUGGUGUAUUGAGACUAUCCGUUUAAUUCCAAAUCUACUGAUAAACAAAGCUAAUAACAGUGAUGCUAAAAAUGAGGUACAACCUUUUAACAACUUCCUUAAAAUUUUUGAAUUAAUUAAAGAAAAAAUGGGGGCUCCUGCGCGAUUCAUUGCAAUGAUCAAACUCUACAUUGAGAUUUUUAUCGAUAAAAAAUCAGCUAUAGUUUCAAAACAAUUCAAAUUACAAGCUGGGGUGGACAAAUUAAACGAAGCUGGGAAUUUGGUGGCUACACUCAAGCAAAAAGCUGCUGAACAACAAAAUAAGCUGGCGGAAAAACAAGCCAAAGCUAACACUGCGCUCGACAUGAUAAGCAAUACCAUGAAAAACGCCAAUACUCACAAAGAAGAAAUGGAAGUCCUAAAACACAAGACCGAAGAAGAAAACAAACAAUUAAUGGUACGAAAAAAAGAAAUCGAAUUGGAGCUUGCAGAUGUCGAACCUCUAAUACAAGAAGCAAGAUCUGCUGUUGGAAAUAUAAAAUCAGAAGCGUUAUCGGAAAUUCGCUCUUUGCGGGCACCUCCUGAUGUGAUUCGAGAUAUUUUGGAAGGUGUUUUAAGAUUGAUGGGGAUUCAAGAUACGUCUUGGAACAGCAUGAAAACGUUCCUUGCGAAAAGAGGUGUGAAAGAAGAAAUAAGAUCGUUUGAUGCGACUAGGAUUACGAAAGAGAAUAGACAAGCCGUCGAGAGAUUAAUGGCGAAUAAAAGCGAUUCGUUUGAUCCCAAAUCGGCUAAAAGAGCGUCAGUUGCGGCUGCACCACUAGCAUCUUGGGUGGGCGCAAAUGUAAAAUACUCACAUGUGGUAGAAAAAAUCAAGCCUUUGGAGAGGGAACAAAAUAAAUUACAAGAAAAUUUGGUGAGUGCUGAAACCCAAUUGGGAGAACUAAGCGCCGGCUUGUCUGACGUUGAUGCUACAGUCGCAAAACUGAAAGUUCAACUUUCUGCAUACACGAAGGAAGCAGCAGAAAUUGAAAUUGAUUUGAAUAAAGCUCGCGAAACUCUAAUGGCGGCGGAAGGAUUAGUUUUUAAACUGAACGAUGAGUACCAGAGGUGGCAACAACAGUUAAAAGAUUUGUCACAAGAGAUUGAUAAAUUGCCUGAAAAUUGCUCACUAGCUGCUGCUUUUAUCACGUAUUUGUCGGACGAGCCUGAGGAAGGACGAAGAAUUAUUUUAGAGCGUUGGAUUAAAGAACUAGCAGUUGAUUCGUUUAGUUUUGAGGAAUUUUUGUCAACAGAACGCGAACAUUUGCAGUGGCAAAGCGAGGGCCUCGCCUGUGACCAGUUAUCUCUACAAAACGCGAUAAUCAUUUUAAAAGCAAGAGUAACCCCAUUAUUGAUUGACCCCACUUCUAAUGCAAUCAACUGGUUCAGAAAUCAUUUUAAACAUCGACAAAUCGAAACAGUGACGCAAAAUAAUCCCAAAUUUAACAAUAAUUUAGAAUUAGCGGUGAGAUUUGGCAAAGUUUUAGUAAUCGAGGAAAUUGACAACGUUUCCUCGAUUUUAUUCCCUCUUUUAAGAAAAGAAUUUGUUUAUCAAGGUGAAAGAAAACUUAUUUACCUUAACGGGAAGUUAAUUGAUUAUCACAAUGAUUUUACUAUGAUUUUGAGUAGUCGAAAUGAACAAUUAAAAGUGGGUGCUGAUAUUAAUGCUAUCGUUUCUACUAUGAAUUUUACUGUAACCCAUGCCGGGUUGACCGAACAAUUACUUUCUUGUACAAUCAGGCAAGAAAAUCCGGAAAUGGAGAAUAAACGGAAACAAUUGUUACGCCAAAGAGAAGAAUUGCAGGAGAAACAAUACCAGCUGCAAAAUCAACUACUUGAAGACCUCACCAACUCUUCGGGAGAUAUUUUACAGAAUUCUAAUUUGUUAUCUUCCUUGAAUGAGACUAAAGCGAGCUCCAGCGCAAUUUCAAACGCUUUGGAAGAGUCGCUCCAAAUCCAGAAGAAACUCCAAAUUGGAUACGAAGUUUACAAAGAAAUUUCAAUGUUUGGGAGUUACUUAUACUUCGCUUGCAACGAAUUCUCCAAAUUUAACAUUCUUUACGUUUUAUCAGUGUCAGGUUUUAUUCUAUUAUUCUUGACAUCGCUUCAAACAUUUCAGGGAAUGGAAAGUACAACUGAGAGUCAAAAAAGACACCUCUUUUUCACCGUUUACACUUACGUAAGCCGUAGCAUUAUGAAAACAGAUCGACUCACAUUCGGUUUACAUUUAAUGCAAAAAUUAUAUUCGGUUCCAUCGGAUCAAUGGAGACACUUUCUUGGCAAUUCUAUCACCGGUCGGAACGAUCCAGAGGAUAUUCCUGCCUGGAUACCGAAGCAUUGUUUCCAAAAUGUGCAAAAUCUUCAAGCUUCACUACCUGAAUUAUACAAAAACCUCCAAUUAGAAGAACAGAGUUUGUGGAAGAAAUUCAUGAUGUCGGAUUCCUGUGAAAAGGAGUUACCCUCCCAUUGCAAACUCAGCGAAUUUGAAAAACUACUAAUUGUGCAAACUUUACGUCCUGAUCGUGCAUAUUCUGCCAUGUCUCAGUGCGUCUUGCACACAACUGGACUACGAAGUAUCGAUCCUCCGGUUUUUGACUUGACUCAAAUUUAUAAAGAAUCAACGUCAUCUGAAUCUAUUUUGAUUCUAACAGUUGCUGGGACUGACCCUUCUUCAGAAAUACGCGAUUUAGCUCCGAAUGAACUAGUGGAAGUAGCGAUGGGAGAGGGUCAAGAAACUAAAGCUCUGGCGUCUUUAGAAAAAACAGCACAGGCCGGCCAAUGGCUCAUUUUGAAAAAUCUACAUUUGGUAACCAGUUGGUUACCAAUUUUGAGUCAAAAUUUGCAAAAUUUGAAGCCGCACGAAAAUUUUCGGCUGUGGCUAAUCACAGAACCGAACCCCUCCUUUAAUUUUGUCUUGGCUCAAAAUAGUCUCAAAGUCGUCUAUGAGGCACCCCAAGGUUUGAGAAAUAAUCUCCUCAGAACAUUCAACUCGUGGGGGAAUCGAUAUAUCGAUAAACUGCAGCCGACGCCAGGCCGGAUUUUCUUCGUUUUGGCUUGCAUUCAUGCAAUUUUGCAAGAACGGAGGACUUACAUUCCACAAGGAUGGUCCAGGUGGUACGAAUUCAGUGACACCGAUUUGGUUACUUGCGUGAAACUCGUUGAGGAUCUAUGGCAAAGUCAAUCGCCUCAAGUGCAAUGGAAAUUCAUUUACGGCUUGUGUUGUGACGCUGUUUACGGUGGCAGGAUUGAAAAUAUCGACGAUUUGGGGAUUUUGAAGACUUACUUGAGGCAGUAUCUAGUCGAUGAGGUUUUGAGUCAUCGCUGGAGUCCCCUAGGGACUAAAAUAAUUCUCCCCAGUUCUUCGAAAUUUCAGGAAUAUGUUAGCGCUCUCAAACAGUUGCCUGAAAGAGACUCACCGUCGUUUUUCGGACUGCCAGAAAACAUAGGCCGGGCUUGGGAAAAACAAAUUGCGAAUGAUGUUGUCGCAAAAUUGAAAACUAUUUUGUUGUGUAAAGAAGUGUCUUUGAAAUUUGAUCGCGAGUUUUGGCAUAAAAGUCUGGCACCUUUUAUGCUUUUGUGGAAAAAACUGAAUCAAGGACAUGAUUUUGUCCGAAUGAAUUUACCAAAUGAAGUGACAGGAAAGACUUCGAUUGAGGCUUUUAUUAAUGAGGAGUUUUAUCACGCAAUUAAUUUGAUUCAAAAAAUUCACAAGAAUUUCACCAGCCUGAAUAAGAUAUGUAAAGGAAAUGCGAUACCAGACGAUUGUGAUUUAAUUAUUGGAAAUUCGUUGAUUAAUUAUCAAGUUCCUAAAUGUUGGGAGUCAAUCUGGGAAGGCCCAAAAGACCCCAAUCGGUAUUUACGAAGUGUUAUCAUAAAAACAGCAAAUAUUCUGAAACUGAAGGAUUUAAAAUCGGAACAAAUUUUGCAAAAUCCUCUCAAUUUGUCCUUCUACUUGCACCCAAGUGCGUUUUUGGCUUCAUACAAACAAGAAUAUUCUAGGGCAAGUAAAACACCAAUGGAUCAACUCGACUUGGAGUCAAACUGGAAAGCUCCAGCUAACAAAAAUCACAUAAUUUUAACCGAACUACUCGUCGAGGGCGGUUUAUUUGAAGGAACUGUCUUGAAGCCCUGUUUACCUCACUCUGAGAGUAUUAAUUCUGCACCCAAUUGUUACAUCAGUUGGAAGGAAAAGAAAAAUGUAAUGGAUAAUGAUAAAUACGUUAAUAUUCCGUUAUAUUACACAUCCAGGAGAGAAAAACAACUAACUACGUUGCAAGUUUUAUGCGAUGGCAGAGACAAGGAUAAAUGGAUUCAGGCGGGUCUAGCGUUUUACUUAGAGUAUUAAAUUUUCUUCAUUUAUUUAGAAAAAUAAAUAGGCUGCUUACCUCAUUAUAAUACAUAAUCAACGGUGGAAACUAAUUUUUGGUUAUUAUGACAGUCCCAUAACCAGUCGGGUCUCAAACAUAUAGCUCUGGAAUUAUAGGAUUUUAAAUUUUUAGCGUUAUUUUCAGAUGUUAUAAAAUAAUCAACGUCCUCUGAUGGGUUUUCAGCAACAAUUCUGUAAUCAUAAAUAAUUGUAAUUAAAAGCCAAAAGAGCAUUUACCUUCGUACCCAUUGUACGCUAUUAUAUAUCUUUCUAAAGUCUUUACAACAUCUUUAUCAAGACAUUCAUCAAUGAAAAAUGUCUUAAAGUCUAAAAACCCAGGUAAUUUCUUUAUCAUCUCAUCGUCCUGCUUUGACUCGAUUUUUUCUUCAUCUGUAUCUUGCGAAAAUAAAUUAUUCUCCUUCUC